AUGAAAAAAAAUAACUCUGUAGUUUCUUCUUCAUCUUAUUUGUUAUCUUCUUCAUCAUCUUCUUCUUCUUCUUCAUCAUCAUUAUCAUUAGCACCUGGAGGAGGAUUAUCAGAUUUGAUAUUACUACAAAUCUUCAAUGACAUUCAAAAUAAUCAAGAUAUAGUAUGUCUUUUAAUGACAUGUAAAUCAUAUUAUAAAGUGUUUAUGAAAAAGUAUGCAAAUGUUAUCACUUUUAAAGGGAUUGAUACUCAAAGUAAUCCGUUACAAAGAUCGACAAUUGCUGGUGGAUUCAUGAAACCUUUUAAAGAGAUUUACAAUACAUCACUUGCAAUCAUUCGAAACAACAAAAACUACCACCUCACUCAUCCACCUCCUCAAACAUGGAUCACCCUCUCUGAUACAUCGGUAGAGGCAAUCGAACUUUUACAAACAGUAGAGGACCAAAGCAAAUUGAAAACUGUCAUUUUGAAUGAUUACACGGGUGACAUUAAAGACGUUCUACUCCCAUCGGUCACUACUUUGAAAAUAGAAGCCAAUACAACUGGCCCAGGCUUUCCAUCGCCCGAGGAAUGGGGUUCCUCUCUAACUUCAUUGACAACCAUCUCAACCAUAGGAGUACUCGUAGUCACCCAAUUCCCAGCCACACUGACAGAAUUGAACGUCGAUCACCGUCACGUGAAUUCAUUUACCCAUAUACUCACCAACUUGGUAGAUCUCAAACAUCUAACCAUUCACACCUUGCUUGAAGACUACCUAUCGGCCUCCACUAUUCGCUUCCCCAAACCCAACACUUCACUCACUUCUCUCGACCUUAGGGUCCCUUUAGAUCCAUUGACAAUGACACAAUCAUGGUUUCCACCAAACCUCCAACUUCUUAAAAUCGAUUUUCCAGUCUUUGGUACUGCCUCCAAACCUCCACCAAAGGUAACAAAGUUGUUUAUGGACAGAGUCGGUAGAAUACCACCAGAUUUUUUUCCACCGGGUCUUAUAGAAUUAAAGAUGAAAUUUGAAAGCGGUGUUUCACUAGAUCCGUGGACCUUACCUCACGGAUUGGAAAUAUUGAAUCUAUCAGAUUUUGAAUGUUCAAUGUCACCAGAGUAUAUACCAGACACUGUCCUGGAUCUGUCAAUGAAUAUUGUCAAUCCUGACAAAGCCCACUUUCCAAGUCGAUUAUUAAAAUUCAGUACAUCAACCAAUCACGACUCUCCUUUUGCAUAUCCACCAACCUUGCGUGAAUUGGUGUACAAUAGAGGUAGCAAUCCACCAUCAUUUAUAUACCUACCAACAUCACUAGAGAUCUUCUCUUGUCAAAUCACAAAUUCAAAGGGUACAUUAGUGUUUACACUUCCACCGACGAUGGUCAUCAACAAUGAUGAUAGCUCACCAGAAGAGAAUCCACUUCAUUUCGUAUUACCACACCGUGUCAAGAAGCUAACCAUUUCAAGAGAAGGAAAUACAGAUACAGAGUUUAGUAUUCGUAUUGAUCCAAUCAUCAAUUGUUCAAAUGUAGAGCAUCUAUUGAUUAGAAAUUUUGGACCAAGUCUAGAUAUACAUAUUAGAAGAUUAGAGAAUGGAGCAGUAAUGUUAAACUCUGGUGACACAUUUUUUGGUGGAAUCUAUAGACAACGUAGAAUGGAAAACAUUAGUAUUGGAAAUAGAAGCGCAUUGGAUUUACGUUCAAUUUAUUUGAAUUUUAAAACUAAAGGUAAUCAUUAUAAUGUUUAUCCAAGUAAUACUCCAAUCAAAAUAAAUAAAUAA